AAUUUAGAGUUCAGUCCUCGUUAGAGUAAAAGUGUUUUGUGGUUCAGUCGAGUAGGUACUCGUUAUCAGUUCUCGACUCUCGUAUUGUAAUAACUAAUAGUGUUCUGUGGAUUGCAGUAGAGUACUUAGUAAUGAUUGCGAACUUAAAUCUAUAACAUUUUGUUUAAUAUCUUUUUCGUGGUCUUCACUCUUCAAUAACCAUAAUUCAUAAACAUUACGUGAUAAACAAAGAUGUUGAGACGAGGUAAACAAUUAACAUAUCCUAAAUUUUCAUAAGAAAAUGUUUGAUUCAGCAACAGAUGCGGUACAUCCUCGUUUUUGUAGUAAAACUAUGUUUUACAAUAAGGGUUUUAAAAUAGCUCUUCUUCAACUAUCAGUGGGGUCUGACAAGGCUAAGAAUGUUGCCCAGGCUGUGAAGGAGAUUCACAGAGCUAAAGAGCUUGGGGCACAUAUUGUUGCUUUACCAGAAUGCUUCAACUCUCCUUAUGGAACAAAGUAUUUUAAUGAGUAUGCGGAGGAGGUUCCUGCGGGAGAGACGAGCCGGGCGCUGUCCCGGGCUGCAGCCGAGGCCGGCGUGUGUGUGGUGGGCGGGACUCUACCGGAGCGCUGCGGGGACCGGCUCUACAACACGUGCACGGUGUGGGACUCCAGCGGGAAGCUAGUGACUCUGUAUCGGAAGAUGCAUCUUUUCGACAUAGACAUUCCAAACAAGAUUACAUUCAAAGAGUCAGAAGUGCUGAGUGCGGGUGACCAGCUGACAGUGUUUGAGUACAAUGGCGUCAAGGUGGGGUUGGGCAUCUGUUACGAUCUCAGAUUCCCGGAGAUGGCGCAUCUCAUGGCUAAGGAAGGGUGCUCCUUGUUGAUAUACCCCGGCGCGUUCAACAUGACGACGGGCCCCAAGCACUGGGAGCUGCUGGGUCGCGCGCGAGCCACAGACCAGCAACUGUACGUGGCGCUGGUGAGCCCGGCCCGCGACCUGGCCGCCGGGUACGUGGCCUGGGGACACUCCAGCCUGCUGGACCCCUGGGGCGCCGUGCUGCACCAGCUGGACCACAGGCCCGGCACGCUGCUGGCUGACAUCGAUUUAACAACGGUGGAAGAAGUAAGAAGUCAAAUACCAAUCCGAGCACAAAGAAGGACUGAUAUAUAUGACACAGUACAAAAAUCAUAACGGUCUGCCAAUGUCGGUACUGGUCUGUUUGUUAUUUAGUGUUAUAAGCAUAUUUAGUUUUUUAUAAACUUAUCUGAAAAUUGGGUUAUAUAUUGAAAUAGCUAAAAAGUUUUAAAGUUAAACAAAAUCAGAAAAGUAUGGGGUUUUGUGUGUAGAAAUGUGGAUAAUGUUGCAAUUAAUAAUUUAUAAAAACUGUAUGUUUUGUUUUAUUGAUACAUAUAUUAUAUAUAAAUAAAACAUUUAUAAUAUUGAAAUAAUAAUUGUAUAUUUUUUAUAUUUACUGUAACAUUAGAGCCCGCGCAGACAGAGAGCGGUCAGAGUUCUGCAUUCUAGUGACCGUUGACCGCCCAAAAGUUCCAACGCACACAAGUGGCGUGCAAAUUCUCGCGUUCUAGUUUCGUUUGGGUCUUUGCACAUGCAACAUGUCACUAGAAAGUUCGUCAACCGAUGAAGAAUUAUUGAUCUUGUGGAGCUCAGCAGCUUCUAAGAAGAAAAGGAAGUAUUGGGUGCACCCAAUUAACACAACGCGAGAAGAAUAAGGCGAAUUCAGUAAUAUUUUUCCGGAUUUACUUAAAGAUGAACAACGAUUCUAUAUUUAUUUUCGAAUGUUGAUUAAUAAACUCCUUUCCCUAACCAAUUCAAUUAACUUUUCCGUUAUUCCAAACUCAGAUAUCGCGACGUUCCGGCAUUCUCUGUCUUGGUGGGAAAAGAACUGUUGGAACGCGACGUUCUGCUUUGACCGCCGCGGUCAGACUGCCCGCUGUAUGCGUUGUUGUUAUAGACUCAGUAUAUUCUAAUGCGGGCGCUAGACAUAGCUUCAAAGAUUUCCACAUCUCUUUGACGACUUUGCAAAGCAUUUGAACACAUAUUGACGUAACCUGCCCGACUUGCUUCGCAAACAUUUUUCUCCACAGUAUGCUGGUAGACAACAAACAAGAUGGACGACGAUUUCGUAGACUCAGUAUGCCUGUAUUAUUUGUGUGCAUGUAAUUAUUUUUUACAUGUGCAAGAAAACAAUAAUACUGUUUUAGUCGAUUCCUUGAUUUUCUUUAAAUGUUCUCUAUAUUGUGUCAGCAAAUUAUUUCUUUUCUUUUUUAAUUCUUCAACAGAACAGGGCACAGAAUAUUUGUUCUUUAUUCUCACCCACGCGUCAUUUACUAAGGUUCUAUUUUUGUGUUUGUUGUUUUUCGGGUUCCAUAUAUAUGGUUCCCGCUGUAAUAGCUCUACAAAUUCUAGAAUGCACUCGCUGCUCCAGCCCAUUAUAUAGCCUCAAGCAGUGUAGCACGCACACAACCGUUCCGCUCAACAUCGCUCGAGCAACUGAACACUGAACAAGUGUGGCAAGCUACGCAAACUUGAACAUAUUCAACUUUGAACGCUUUGAUGUGUCGAAAAAGACCGACACCGCAUGGCAAAGUGCAAAUCUUUGUUCAAACUUUGAACACAUAACCAAAGUCCCGUGCCAAACUUAGCAAUCAAACAUGUGUUCAAACAUGUGAAGCUAAGUCUGGCGCCCGCAUAAUGAACGCCGAACGCGGGACUCGGAACUCCUGACCGCUCUCUGUCUGCGCGCGCUCUUAAUGUAAAAUUGUUAUUUGGUUAAUGUAACCAAAGAUAAUAACGUAGAUUAUGAAUAAAUGAUUUAUAUUUGUUAUCUAUAUAAUAAAUAAAAAAUAUCAAAGUU